ACACCAUAAUAUCACAAAGGACAAUCGUUUGACACUGAAAGUGUAAAACCUCCAGGCGAAAAUCAGAAGUAAAAUUAAGCAAAAAUGGCCGAAGAUGGGAGGAUACAGAAAAUGGAGGUGGACUAUACAGAGACGGUUGACAAGAGAAUACCGGAAUGUGAGCAACUUGGAAAGGAUGGAAAGUUGACUGAAGCAUUAGAGAUCCUGCUGUCAUUGGAGAAACAAUCAAGAACAGCAGCUGACAUGCACUCCACAGCACGCGUCCUAGUGGCUAUUGUCAAACUGUGCUUUGAGGCACGUGAUUGGGAUGCCCUCAAUGAACAUAUCGUUCUUCUCUCAAAGCGGAGAAGUCAGUUGAAGCAGGCUGUGGUUAAAAUGGUCCAGGAAUCGUGCACCUAUGUAGAACAGACCCCAGACAUGGAGACGAAGCUGAAGCUCAUCGAUACACUAAGAACAGUCACAGCAGGAAAGAUUUACGUGGAGAUCGAACGUGCUCGUCUGACGAUGACCCUUGCCAAGAUCAAAGAGGGACAGGGUGAGAUCACGGAGGCUGCGGACAUCCUGCAAGAUCUACAGGUGGAGACCUUUGGCUCCAUGGAGAAGAAGGAAAAGGUGGAGUUCAUUCUGGAUCAGAUGCGCCUCUGUCUGGCCAAGAAGGACUACAUCCGCACCCAGAUUAUCAGCAAGAAAGUCAGCUCAAAAUUCUUUGAUUCUACCGACGAAGAAGUCCAGGAACAAAAAUUGAAGUUUUACAAGUUGAUGAUUGAGCUUGACCAGCAUGAGGGGGCAUAUCUGGACAUCUGCAAGCACUACAGGGCUGUCUAUGACACGCCCCUCAUCCAGAAGGAAGAUGCACGAUGGAAGGAGGGUUUGAAGAAUGCUGUUCUGUACCUGAUUCUGGCUCCCUUUGACAACGAGCAGUCAGAUCUUAUUCACAGGGUCAGUCUGGAGAAGAAGCUGGAGGACAUUCCAAAAUACAGGGACCUAUUGAAAUGCUUCACUACCCCCGAGCUGAUGAGAUGGCAGCAAGUCUGUGCAAUCUAUGAGACCGAGUUGAAGAAGGGCUCCACUGGAAGUCCCCCGACAGAUGUCUUCGCUGAGACGGAGCAGGGAACACUUAGAUGGAAAGACCUCAGGAACAGGGUUGUGGAACAUAAUAUCCGUGUAAUGGCCAAGUACUACACCCGGAUCACUACUGCCAGGAUGGGAGAACUCUUGGAACUCUCGGGAGAUGAGGCUGAAGCAUUCCUUUCUAAGCUGGUCGAGAAGAAGACCAUCUAUGCCAAGGUGGACCGGCUAGCUGGCAUCGUCGACUUCAUGCCUCACAAGGAUCCCAAUGACAUCCUCAACUCGUGGUCCAACAACCUCAAUGACCUCAUGCACCUUGUCAACAAGACUACCCAUCUCAUCAACAAGGAAGAGAUGCAGCACCAGUUUGCUCACUGAUCCCCCGUAGCAGUUCUAAGAAAACAAAGAAUCUUCAAGCCCCCCCCCCCCCCUCUUGCAGGAGGACUUGAAUUUUUUUCGCGAGAUACAUGUAUAAAAUGAAUGCAAGAACCUCCAAGCCCCUCCCCCCCCCCCAAAACUAAAUAAAGCCCUUCGCACAAUUAUUUGAACUGUAACUUUCUGGCAAGUAAAGGCUUCUCUAAUGUAUGAAAGGAAUUUUCACUCUGAAGAGUGGGUGGAAAUCCUCUUUGUCUCACCCAGCAAAUGCGGAGGUGAGACAAAGGGAUCCAAAUGGCAUCUGUCUAAUGUCCGUCACAAGGUACUCUUUUGAUGAAUAACUUGGCAACCAUUGAUCCUCUUGUGACCAAACCUUCACUUUAUGGUGCUGACGAGGGAUGUAUGCUGAUGUCAAAGGUCAUAUGAGUUCCUAUGUUAAAUUUUACCUGCACUACACCCUUGUGACAAAUAACUUGGCAAAUGUUGAUCCUAUUAUGACCAAACUUUGGUAGGAGAUACACUUGGGGGGGGGGGGGGGGGGGGACCGUAUGUUGUUAUGCACUCACAGGUCAUGUGCUAAGGUCAAAGUUUAUUUAUUUAUUACUUUGCAUACAUGCUCCGAGUUCACCCAAACUAGGGUCAGGGAUGCUCUUCAAUGAUAUUCAUGUCAUUUGGUUACUGGAGGACAAGAAUGUUGCUAUUGCCAUGUUUGUGGAUGAAUUACACCCAAAAAUUAUUUCUGUUUUCUCUAUUAUUUUGUUUUUAAAGAUGCGAUGAUAUCUGUAUCGUUUCAUUGUUUGAUUCAAGAGGGAGGCGUGAUAACUUAACAAUCAUUUGAAUCGUGAAUAACCAAGAUAUGAAGAUGGGAAAUUAAACUUGUACGCAUGUCAACAAGUUUUUUCAAUGUGAAGUUGCAAAAUCUGUGUCAAUUUUGCAGUCACCAUGCAUCCCAAAUGAGAAGAAAGCAUGCAAAUGAAUGUGUUUAGGCAUAUUGUAUAGAGUCUCUGAAUUUGUGUGUUUAGAGAAUGGCCAAGAAAAUUUAUGUCCCAUAUUUAACACAUGUAAAACAUGAUGAACAUAUGUAUUAAAUAGAAUUGGAAGUAGUUCGAUCCUUGAUGUUUAGGCAUUUUCGUGCCCAAUUUGGGCAAUCAAGUUAAUACAAUCAUCACGCAAACAAAAGACUGUGUUCUAAUGUCUUAUGUAUGGUAUAUUGUGUUACACUUGCCCUACAUGUAUAUUAUUCUUGUGGAUAUCUUAGGUAUGUGCCCAAUUGGAGCGUGUAUACCUUGCAAACAUUGUUUGCAUCAAUAAAUAACAUUAGUUCUUAAAUAGAUGAUGAAUAAAUGUAUUCUGUACAUAUGAACGAUAA